AUGGCUCACUGCAGGAGGCCGCGUUUCGCGCUUGGCGCGAAGCGCGCGCCGAUGACCCGCUACCUGACGAUUGCCUGCCUGCUGCUCGCUAUCUCAUCCUGCUUGUGCGCGGUCGCUGCCAGCUCCCAGGCGGUGCCCGUGAAGUUCGAUGCCCCAGAAGACUUCAAUGACAGGGACGCGAGGGCCCGGCGCGAUCCAGGAAACGCGCCCAAGUACGAGCCCGUCGUCUGGACGGAAGAGAGCGCUCGCGAGGCCUUGAACGGCCUGUGGGGCGGCGCGGGCGAGGCCGACGCGACGCGGUCGCUGGCAAGAUCGGGUGUGCUGGCCCGGCUGCUGGACAUUGAACGGCGCGGGAGCUCUUCUCUGCGCGACGUGCGGAUCGGCGAGCGGGGCUUCAACCUCACGAAGUACCGCGAGGGGCAGCCGCAGCAGCCCGCGCUCUCCAUCGCGGCGGGCGACCCUGCCCUGCGGCCCAGCGUGCCUCACGUCGACGGCAGCCACCCCGACGGGCAGCUCGUCACGGACUUCGUGCAGCGCGCGGGUACGCGCUUCGUUGUUCCGGGCGACGGCGGAUGCCGGCCGUGGCAUUUCGCGGGCUUCAACAAUUACUAUCUGAUGCUGCGCGCGGCAAGGCCAGACACGCGGCACGAGGUGGCGGAGGUCCUCGACCGCGCACAGGAGCUGGGUCUCAAAGUGGUGCGUACGUGGGCGUUCAGCGACGGGCCCGGGCAGUGGCGCACUCUGCAGCCUGCUCCGGGGGAGUGGGAUGAAGAGCUGCUCCGCGGGAUGGAUUGGGUGCUGCACCAGGCGUCGCUGCGUGGCGUGCGCGUUCUCCCUGUAUUCGCCAACUACUGGUCGCAUUACGGCGGCGUGGACCAGUACAACCGGUGGAGCUUCCAGAUGGAGACCGGGAGGUGCAACGGCGAGUUCUGGUGCCGCGACGACUUCUUCGUCGACCCCGCGGCCAAGGCGAUGUACAAGAACCACGUCCGGACAUGGCUGGAGAGGAUCAACGUAUUCAACGGGAGGCGCUACCGCGACGACCCGACCAUAUUCGCGUGGAACUUGAUGAACGAGCCCCGGAGCACGUUCGACCUGUAUGUCGAGCGCCGGAACAGCACGGACCCGACCCUGCCGGACUACAACAUCACGACAAACGACGGCGCAGCGCUGCAGGCCUGGAUCGAGGAGAUGGCGGCCUUCGUCAAGUCCAUCGACCCCGUCCACCUGCUCACCACGGGCCAAGAGGGUUUCAUCGGCCCCUCGUCGCCGCUGCACCUGCACGCGAAUCCCGGAGCCUGGGCCCAAAUUGAAGGCAACGACUUCGUGCGCAACCACAACGUCCCCGGCAUCGACUUCGCCACCAUGCACCUCUACGUGGACCAGUGGCUGUGCGACGCGGAGGGCAAGGACGAGCGCGGGCAGCUUGGGUUCCUGAAGCGGUGGAUCCUGGGCCACCAGCAGGCCGCCGAGGAGGAGCUGGGAAUGCCGGUUGUGCUCGAGGAGUUCGGCGCCAAGGUCCAGAAGCGGUCCAAGGUGUACCAGGCCGCGUUCGACGCCUGCACGGACAGCGCGCGGCGCGGAGGGUCCUGCGGAGGCGUCAUGUUCUGGAUCCUGUACCACCAGGACUACGCGCCGCUGGACCGCUUCGGGGGCGGCUACGGCGUGUACGUGCCGCCCGCGACACCCGAGGCCGCGGAAUCGACGGCGAUGGUACGGGAGUUCGCGCGGACGCUGGACGAGAUCAACGCCGCGGGCGAGUCCGCAGACGCGUGCGUGUGGACGCCGCCGCCUCCGUCUGGACGCGGCUGCGGGACCGGCAUCGAAUUCGAGCUGCGUCUGGGCGGUAUGCCUUGGACGUGCCUCCCCGGCGAGCCCGCCAAAGUGGACUUCUGCAACCCGCGCGACCGCUGGACGGGCCGCGGAUCGCGCGAGCUGUACUCCAACCCUCCCGAGGCGUGGCUCGGCGCGGCGGCGAACAAGUCCCUGCCGUUCCACACCAUCGAGGCCAUCGUGAGCGGGCGCAUCGUCAACAACGGCGCCAUGCCCGUGUCGCUGCGCGGCGCGUACGUCAUCCUGCCAUUCAGCCAGGCAGUUCACACCAAGUACGAGGGCGUGUGGGAGCGCAUUCGCGACCCCAACACCUACUUCUCACUGUACUGUUGGUAUGCGGCGAUGUACGACGGGAACGGCGACGCCGUCAGCGGCACGAACCUCUGCAAGAGCCCCGCGACUGGCAUCGGCGUUCGGCUCACCGAUAUCGCGUGGCCGGACGGGACGAAGCGCGACCGCGGCAUCCGUCUGGACUUCGGCGACGUCGUGCUGCCGCCGGGCGGGUACAUCGCGGGCUCGCGCGACGGGAAGCGCGUCAUGCUCAGCUUCAAGGACGGCACGUUCAAAAACCGCCUCGACGUGAGCUCCCUCGAGCUGCGCGGCGCGAGCGAGUGCCCUGCGCUGCCCGCCAUCCCAGACUGGCCGCCGCCGCCCCCGCCGCCGCCCCCGCCGUGCACGGCCGGCAAGCACCCGUGGCGCGCCUGCCCGGCGCUGGAGUGGUACUUUGGGGCGUUCCGCGACGCACCUGUGGCGCGCAAGAUGGAGGGGUUCGAGCGUCUGGAACAGCGGAGCCCUGCGCCGUCCUCGGAGGUCGUCGUUCGCACGCCCACCGUGCCGGUCGCGGCCGUUCCGGGCGAGCCCAUCGCGCCUGGGCGCCUGGUGAUGAUCACCGCGGUGGUGUCGCUCUCCGGGUCGGUCCGCAAGGUCAACGGCGAGGCCGAGGGGGAGUUCGCGCGGCGCAAGAGCAAGACCGCGGACGGCGGGACGGAGGAGGCGCGCGUGAUCAGCGACACGCCGAACCCGGAGGACCGCGGCGGCGCUGAACGCAAGGGCCUGCCGACGGACGUGGUGCUGGAGGGCACGAUGCGCGACGGGGUGCGCGUGCGGCGGACGGUCGCGCACGCGAUCGUGCGGACGGACGGCCGGAACGUGACGCUCCGCGGCGUCGUCGAGAUCGACGACGACAUGGAUCCUGACAGCAUGGGGGUGUUUCUGGAAGUCCCCCGCCUCGGCCCGCGCCUGGAAGUGCUCUCGCUGUCCGCGCAGCGGCCGCACGACCUGCGCGCGGAGGACGCGGACAAGUACUCGCCGUGCACGCUGCAUCCGCUGCGGUCGCCUGAUGCGGUGUACGCGGUGAGGCUGCCGGACGGUGCGGGCGCGGAGGACGACGUCCUUGACGUCGAGAUCUGCAGCCGCGGGUAUGCUCAGAAGCUCCACGUCUUCGAGGACGGGUGGCAGGUCGCGACGGCCGGCCAGUCCGACCCAGCAGGCUGGGCGGCGUCUGUCAGGAUCCGCGCGGGCCGCGAGUACCGCGUCGUGCUCGACGGGGAUCCCGGGCUGCCGUACGGCUCGUGGCGCGGCGGACAGGGCCUGCGGAUGCGUUGGCGCAGCGGGCGCGCGUUCGACGGCCGCUGGGACGGUCCGCGGGCGGAGGGUUGGGAGGCGAAGUUCGUGCGCGUGCAGAACGCGAGCCUGAUGAUCGGGUGCGAGCGGUUCGCGUACGGCGCCGGAUGCAACACGUGGGACCUGAUGGACCUCGCUCGGUACGAGCACCGUCGGCACGAGGUCGUGGAGCGGCUGGACGACAUGAGGGCGCGCGGGUGGCUGGUGGGGCGCACGUGGGGCUUCUCGCUGGGCACGGGGGAGUCCGAGGAGAGGCGGCGGGACCGCCUGCACCUCACUCCGACGACGUACGACGAGAAGGUGUUCAGGGGGAUGGACUUCGUUCUCGCGGAGGCCCGCAAGCGGGGCCUGCGGCUGAUCGUGGCGCUGGAGGACUUUUGGCUGAGCAUCGACCGGUACGUGGAGUGGAGCGACAACGCGGAGAGCAAGACCGACUUCUACACGGACUGGCAGGCGCGGGAGAUGUACAAGCAGCACGUGUGGACGUGGCUGUCGCGCCGCAACACCUUCAACGGCGUCAAGUACCUCGACGACGAGACGAUCUUCGCGAUCAACCUGAUCUCGGAGCCGCGCUGCACCGGCUGCGGCUGGGCGAUGCAGGCCUGGAUCGACGAGAUGGCGCUGGCGGUCAAGGCCAUGGACCCCAACCACAUCGUCACGGUGGGGUCCGAGGGCUUCUACUCGUCCACGUGCGACCGCGUGUGGCUCAACCCCGGGGCCGGGAAGCGGCGGGUCGGCAUCGGGAGCAGCCCGUGGGCGUUGCAGGAGGGGCAGGACUUCAUGCGCGACGGCGCCUCGCCGCACCUGGACGCCGUCACCAUCCACGCGUGGCCGGACAACUGGCUGGGCUACGCGGACUUCUGCGACGUGCCCUACGUCAACCCCUCGUUCGACUACACGCACGGCUGCGACCUGUGGCGCGAGAAGCUCGACUGGACGCGCAACUGGAUCGCCGCCCACAUCGAGGACGCGAAGAGCAUCGGCAAGGCAGCCAUCGUGCAGGAGUUUGGCAAAGCGCUGCCGUCGCCGAAGCUGAGCCGCAUCCCCGACGCGCUCAUGCCCGGGGAGCGCGUCGCGGACGGGCUCUGGGUGCGCAACCAGUUCUUCGAGGCCGUGUACGACCUGGUGGAGCGCGACGCGCUCGCGGGCGGCAACACGCAGGGCACAAACUUCUGGAACCUGUACCGGGAGUCGCACGCGGCGACGGACCUGUACCGCGUGACGCUGAGCGACACGUCGACGAUGCGGAUCGUCGACAACCACGCUGCGCGCAUGCGGGCCGUGGGAGACCUCCCCGGGGAGUGUCCGGCGAACCUGACGCGAGCCGACGUGGCGGCGGUUGCGGAGCGGCACGCGGCGGCCGUGGAGGCGAGUGCGAGCGAGAUGCGUCGCCAGCGGGAGCGGGAGCGCGAGCAGGAGCGGCAGCGACGCUUGGAGGUCAUGCAGGCCGGCGGCUGCGUGGACAGGCUCCCGGCGGGCAGCCGCUACCCGUGCGAGCUGCAGAAGGAGUGGGGGAAGUGCGGCGAGCGGUGGAUCGUCGAGGGGGGCUACUGCAUGGUGACUUGCGGGCGCUGCGGCUCCGAGGCCGCGUGCGACGACGUGCAACCGCCAGGCGGCUACACCUGCGCGCAGCAGGCGGGAUGGGGCGCCUGCGACGCCGCGUGGAUGCUCCAGGGGAGGUACUGUCGCAGCACGUGUGGCUUGUGCAGCAAAGGUAGAACCGUGGACCACCAGGCAGUGGUACGCGCAGCGGAAGGCCCCGGGGGGUAG